ACAAGGUGCAGAGAAUUAAAACUUCUUCAGCAGAAAGUCUAUCAGGAACCUCAGAGAUAUCAUCAGAGAAGAGCAGGUCAGAUGAGAGGGCUCAAGAGGCUGAACUCCAGGUAGAAAUGAAGAAAACACAUGUCAGACAAAUCACUCACUUUGCUGAAGAUGCCAAAGAAUUGUCCAGCUCAGUACCGUCUCCUCCUGGAGAGAUAAAUAUAGACUCAGUGGGAAGCGACUCUGUUUCACUGAGCUGGGACAGUCCUGACAAUAUGGAUGGGAUCCCCCACAGCUUUUACAUUACCUACUCUAGCUCUGAUAGGAGUCACCAAGACUCCAUCACUGCACCCUCUAAUUCCACUGUCAUCUCUGAGCUGAGACCUGGGAGAGAGUACACCUUCACAGUCACCACAGUGCUGAUGAAAGGGACCCAGAGCAUGCCUGUUUCAAAAGCUGUUUGCACAAAAACACAUCUAGAAGAUUUGCUGUGCAGGCUGGGACUGGAGAACUGCUUCCCAGGCAAGAUUACAUUGAGUACUGUCCUUGAGAUCGGUACAGAGAGUAUUACAGAUGAACCGAUUCUGUCACUGAAAAAACUCCCCUGGUGCUUUCUGAAAAGACUAAUGAUGGUAAAUGUGACAGCUCGGAGUACCAAGUGUAGUGCUGCUGAGAUCAAGACAGACACAACACUGCAAGACCUUGACAGUGCUUUUGAACUUAUGAUCAGUAAUGCUCAAGACAGUAAUACAAUCAAUCCACUUGAUCUCAUAACAGCACUCUUUCUGUGCUCAGAUAGCUUCCUGCAGCAGGAAAUUAUGUUAAAAAUGUCAAUGUGCCAGUUUGCUGUACCUCUCUUGCUACCAAAUUGUGAUACCAAUCAGUGUACACUAAUGCUGUGGGCCAUGCGAGACAUUGUGAAGAAGUUUAGAUCCCAUUCAUUGGCUGACUCAAAAGGGUUUGUAGAAGAGAAUAUAGUCAGCACUGCCAUGCCAAUGAUCUCUUUUGUCAGGCUGGGUGACUGCAGUUUAUCAAAGUCACGGGUUCUGAACGAGGUGCUCAGCAACCCCCAGCAGUACCAUAAUUUCUUUAUCCAUCGUGACAUGGAAUGCAGUGACGUUACACGGAGAAUUUCAAACGGUCUAGUUGAAAUAGGUUGGUACCUUCCUUGUGGAAAGGAAAACUUGGACAUCUUUCCAGAACCUGUAGCUGUUGUUAACCUUCGUGGAGACAUCACUUCUUUUCAGACACAGUUUUCCAUUUUAUGUCAGACAUCCUCUGCAGUCUUCAUAUCUUUUGACAGUAUUGCGGAGAGCGAGUGCAAUCUCUUGUCCUCUGCAAGAAAUAUUAAAGCACAAUUGUUUUUGAUUGCAAAUUUUCCAAGUAAUUCAAAGACAAUCUUAGACUCUCUGAAAGACUUGGCAUCAAAGUUAAAAUUAAACGCAAAUCAUAUCCUAUUGAAGAGCAAGCAGACCAAUGAUGCAGACUUUGUGAAGAAACUGCGCUUAGCUAUGAAUGACAUCAUGGAAAACUGUCAACACAAAAUGACAAUUGAAGGCAUGUCUGCUGUAGCACGUGAAUUGGGGAUUCCUGUAGAUGAAGACUGCACUGAAUGUCAGAAUGCUAAGAGAAGUGCUGCAGAAAUCACAUCUAAAAUCAACGAUGUGGUGCGAUAUAAAGAGGAUCAGUUGCCAUUGCAAGGGAAGCUUUGGAAGGAGCUGGCUAAAAUAGAAAAGGAGGAGUGCAGACUACGGAAGGCGGGAGACAAGCCUAUUGAAGAAUAUAAAGCCAAUCUGCAAAGAGAAAAAAAGAAACUGAGAGAACAACAAAUCAGUUAUGAUAUAUCUGAAGCAAUGCAGUGUUUCAUCACUGCCAUAUCCAAUGAAAGAAAAGAAGAACGAUCCUAUUUUCUAAAGUGGAUGAGAAUGAACUUGGAUGUUACGGCACGAAGAAAACUUUCUGGUCUUCGUCAUAAAUACAAAGAAAAGUGUUGCAAGUUCUCAGAGAACAAAGAGAUAAUUGCAAAGUUGGAUAGACAAAUAUCAAACAGCUCUUUAGGAAUGGAACAUUUCAUGCGUGAGAUGGGGCAGCUUUAUGAAGCAGCUUGCUACCUUCCUGACAAUUCUGAAUCUCGCCAGCAGUUUCAACAUCUUCCCAGUUUGGGGGCUGAUCUGCUCGUGGAUGGCUUCCCUCUUGAGCUGGUGGAUGGAGAUGCAUCAAAUAUCCCUGUAAGGUGGGUGACUGAUGUUCUAACUGAGCUCCACAGGAAAGUCCAACACAAGAGCAGGGUGCUGGUUGUAACAGUGUUGGGUGUCCAAAGCACUGGGAAGUCUACCCUCCUCAACACAAUGUUUGGGGUUCAGUUUGCAGUUAGCAGUGGCAGAUGCACGAGAGGAGCCUUCAUGCUGUUAAUCAGAGUCAAAGAGGAUCUUAAAGGAGAGCUGAAUUGUGAUUUUAUCUUGGUAAUCGACACAGAAGGUCUCAAAUCUCCAGAAUUGGCACAACUUGAAGACAGCUAUGAACAUGACAAUGAGCUUGCAACACUGGUCGUUGGAUUGAGUGACAUCACCAUAAUAAACAUAGCAAUGGGGAACUCCAUAGAAAUGAAGGAUAUCCUACAGAUCGUGGUGCACGCCUUUCUUAGAAUGGAGAAAGUGGGGAAGAAGCCAAAAUGUCACUUUGUGCACCAGAAUGUGGGUGACGUGUCUGCUCAUGACAACAAUGCAAGGGAUAGGAAUAAGCUUCUAGAACAGCUGAAUGAGAUGACACAGGCAGCUGCCAGGAUGGAGAAGCAGGAUACUGACAGAAAAUUCACUGACAUAAUGGAGUAUGAUGCAGAGAAAAAUAACUUGUACAUCCCUGGCCUGUGGCAAGGUAAUCCACCAAUGGCUCCAGUGAACACAGGCUACAGUGAAGCUGUGUAUGAGUUCAAGAAGAGCUUGAUUAAGGAGUUCAAAAGCUGCAAAGACCAGAAACCUGCAGACAUUACUGAGUUUCUGGAGUGGGUGGCGAGCUUGUGGAAAGCUGUUAAAUAUGAGAACUUCAUAUUCAGCUUCAGAAAUAGUCUGGUGGCUGAGGCUUACAGUAACCUGUGUGUUGAAUAUAAUAAAUGGGAAUGGGACUUCCAAAAGCACAUGUACAACUGGCUGGCAACUGCUGAGACAAGGAUUUCAAAUACCAAAAACCACACCUCAAACCUUGAUGAGUUUCUCAGCAAUUUAAAAGCAGAGGCAUCUAAAGAACUGACAUCUCAACAAGAGAAAACUCUGGAGAAACUGACUAAAUAUUAUGAAAGUAAGGAAAGACACAUUAAUCUUGUAGAAAGCUACAGAGCAACAUUUGAGAACAGCAUUCAAAUUCUUAGGACUGAAAUUGAAAACUCUUUGAAAAGGAAGUGCACAGCUGCUAUUGAUUAUCAAAAAGGAAUGAAGAAGGUACGUGAGGUCAGUGAAAGACAUAAAGCAAUAAUAGAAGGAGGAGUAUUGAAACUGCUUGGAGACUGCAGGGAAAGAAAGGAGGAUUUAUCUGAUGAGGAGCUGAAAAACAAAUUUCAAAAUAUGUGGGAAGAGACAGUGAAGAAACUGGACUUUAAAGGUUUAGAGAAGAGAGACAUUGUAUUAGAUGUUUAUAAUCAAUUAAGAAAACAAUUAGAUAGACACGUAGGUUCAGUUAAGAUGGUGUUAAAUGAGACCAGCGAUUUGACUAAAUGUGGAGCAACCCCGUUUACAGUCACUGACAAUCACUUUCAUCGUCACUGGUUCAAGAAAAACAUAACUGAUCAUUUACACAUCACUGAGCAAAAGUUCAAAAAGGAGGAAGCAAAUGAUAUGGCACAAUGUGUAAUAACACAGGGCAGACAUUUUGUAUCAGACACAAAGCACAGAACAUCUGACUACCACGAGACCUACACCAGAGAGCUGUUAGAAAUGAUAGAUGUCAAGCUGAAGGAAAAUGAGAAGCUGAAGACCAACGAGCAGUUUGAAGCUGACUUGAAGCUGCACAUCUGUGGGUUUGCUGCCAGGGAAUUCCAACAGAUGCACGAAGAUUUCAUUGAAGUCAACGACCCUCUGAAACAUCUGGAAAAGUCCAAACCACAGUACUGUUCUGACUUCAUAGAUCUUUACCGUGAGAAAGAUCAGUGCUUAAAGAAGGCUGAAGAUUUCACUGAGCGAUGCCUCAAGCCUGCAGUGACACAGUAUGUCAACAAAACCCUUGGGACAGAGAUUGUGGAUGUAAUACUGACUGGUAAGGACUCUCAGAAAUACAGCUCACGGUCACAUUUCCAGCAUUCAGUUUUGAAGCAGUUGCUGGAUGAAACCAAUUUUGAAAACUAUGUGGCCUACAUUAGAAACUAUGAGGGAUUUAUCAAGACUUUGAUAUUGGAUAGUAUUGUUGCGCACUGUUUGAAAGACAAUGCCUUUUCAGAUUUAGAAGUGAAACACCUGGGAAUAAUAACAGAGAAAAUACAAGCAGCGAUUGCAAAAGAAAAGAAUGAGGAAACCACAAAAGAGAGCAAAACCAUAUCAGUGUUUAUUGAAAAUGUCUGCAGUACCCUGAGCAGUGAGAUUGUGAUUUCCACAGCCAAUCUUGGAUUAAUCCAGGACAAAGCAAACACAGAGGAGUUCAUUGAGUACCUUCAAAAGAUUGUUAAUGAAAUGAAGACAUCUCUAACUACUGACUUCUCUCGAAGGUGUGAUAUCAAAGAGAAACUUAACAAUCUCCAAUUCAAGCCACAGGAUGAGCUGUUCAAGAGGGUGAUUGGUUGUGGAAAGCAGUGUCCAUUCUGUAAGGUCCCCUGUGAGGCAGGAGGCAGGAACCACACUGAACACCACGCAUCAGUGCAUCGACCACAAGGGCUGGGGACAUACAGAUAUGUAACCGACGAGAAACUAACUGAGAAUGUGUGCACCUCUGAUGUAUUCAGUGAAAGGAGAUUUAGGAAUAGUGACACAGAAGAGAAGUUUCAUCCCUAUAAAGACUAUCGGAAAUUCUACCCUGACUGGAACAUUGCCCCUGAUCCCAGUAUUGGAUCUUCUGACUACUGGAAGUACGUGCUGUCUACAUUUAAUCAAGAAUUUGCAAAGGCGUAUGAGGCAGAGCCUGCUGAUAUCCCUGAGGAAUGGAACAAAAUAACAAAACAACAAGCAAUUAUGAGUUUAGAUGAGUUGUUUUACACACAAAAAAUGGAAAACAAUAUUGAAAGAAAAUCAUUGUACAAAAAGAUUAGAAGAAUGGUGUAUGGGAGAAAUAAGUAGUGGGUGUUUUGUGGAAGAAGUAUUAGUGUGUAUCAUUUAUGGUUUCAUAAAAUGCUGAGACUCACAAGGUUUCAAUUAGGGAUACACUGAUUGUGAUUUCUUGGGUCAAUUUACAAUUACCGAUUUUUGCCAUAACCAUAAUAAUCUGCAGACACCAAAAACAUGUUUUAUCACUCUUACUAAUGAUUCAGAAUGCACAUGGAUUUCACAAAUAUUUCAGUAGUUAAUAUGACUUGCAUUCUUUAUUUCUGGCCAUUCUCUAGGGUUCAUUUUAAAAUAUUUUCCAAGUAUCUUUCCUUUUGUUGUAACACAUAUAUGAAAGUUUACGGUGAUGUUAACAAGUAAUUUAAAAAUGACUUGCAUCUGUAUCUUACAGAGUUGAAGAGGUUUGUGUUAAUAAAAGGU